AUGGCGGCUAUGCGAGGACCGCGCAUCCCAACUGGUUCUGCGGCGUGGGUCGCCGACGAGCGCGCUUCUGCCCUCCAGAUUGUUGAUGUCGAGGUCGACGAGUUCACGUACGCUGCUCACAAUGAGUUCUCGUGGCUCAACGAGCACAUGGCUGGUAUCUUCAGCGAGAAUGAAACCAAUAUCGCAGAGACCUUCAAGACACCUGGUAAACUACGUGGCAAGACGCCCCGAACCGUGCGCAAGUUGAAUCCCACAGAGCCAAGAGUCCCCUUGUCGGAUGUUUUCGGUGGCACACCUAGCAGUUCAGCCAACCGCUUGGCCCAUCACCUCAGAGCUCACACACCUCAGCUCCAGAAGGAGUCUUCGAUUCCUCCUCCUUCCCCCUCGCCUCGGCGUCACGCGCCCUCACCACCGAAGCCGACAUUGCCGUCUCCUGAAAAGACGUUCCGGAUUGCCCAGGAGGACCAGACCGUGAAUCACGUCGAGCACAUUUCCUCGGACAACCAUAUCGACGAGCCCGUCGAGCAGGAGAAAGAGCCCGCUCCGACAGCCAAGUCACAGCCUAUGACGCAGGAUUCUGGCUAUUAUGGAAGCCAGGACAUCAACACUACAACUGUUGAUCCUCUCGCCCAAGAAGAUGCCUCCAUGAUUGACCCCACAACAAUCGACGAACCUGUCACUGUUCCCGUCGAGUCGAGCCCUCUACAUUCUAUUGUUCAAGAUGAACCCGCGGUUACAUCACCAGCCAAGACACAGCAGACAACAACCGAGCCCCAGGAGCCCGAAGAGUCAUCUCCCGACGACGCCCGCUCCCAAUCCGACGGUUCCAGCCCGAUGCGCCCAGGCUUCCGCAAGAGCAGCCUCAACUUCCCAUCUCUUCCGGCUCGAGAGCCUCUGACAGCAGGAAAGAGUGGCGGCCCUCGAGCGUCUCGGACCAGCCAUCUCGACUUUAAGAGGACCAGUUACCUCGGCAGGCAUACGGGUGGAAAGAGUCUAGGUAACUACGCAAGACAAGAUGCCUCGGACGAAGAGGAUCACGACGACAUGGACGUGGACGAUAUUCCUACGGUACCCGCUCAACAGCGGGACAAUGCCGAAGACCUUGCCGUUCACCACAACAAGACAUAUACCCAGAUGCUACAGGAUCGGAUAAACGUGCUUGGAAAAUCCCAGCCCAACGGUAGCCGACCAUCGAAAUCGAUUCACAGCCUGACAAACUCCCAGCCCGCCCCUGCGUCCCAGUCUGCCCCAGAGCCGAAAUCACCAUCACCUAAGAAGCUUGAAACUGCAACAACUCCUGGUGCUUUCCCCGAGGACGACGAUGAUGACUGGAUUGACCCUCCAGCUGCUGAGCCAGCCAGUGAAACAGCGUCUGCUUCGAGGCCUACGCUUUCAAAGAGCCAUUCUGCCGACGUGAUGGAGGGAAUUCAUGGAAAGGAGACUGUUGGGUCUCUGGACCUGGACAUCGAGGAACGAGCAAGGACGCAAUCGCCUACUCGAGCCGCAGCAACCCUUCAGCGACCCAACAUUCUUGGGCAUGGAAAAUCUGUAUCUGUGCCUGCUGUUCCACUUGUUGGCUCGCUGGAGCAGCAAGAUGGUAGUCCUCUUAAGAAGACGGUCUCAGUCUCGAACCCUUCUGUCAUGAUGGCGACUGUAGCCGAGUCUAGUGUUUCUCAGACUCCCACCAAAUCGCCCUCACGGCGCUUCCGCGACAGCCCCUUGAAGCAAGUCAAGAACAAGCUAUCGUCUGUUCUAACCAUGUCCAAGGGGCUCCUGAUCAGCAGUGCAGCGGCCAGCGCCGAGGGCAAGUCGUCGAUACUCUCACCAUCCACAACCCGCCUGGGACUGUACCCGAACUUGUCUUCAGAGGCAGCCCUCCGCAAACCCAGCGCGGAUUUACUAAGGAACGGUAGCCCUGUUGCUGAACGACAAGCCAGCCCAACUCGACCUGUUGCUAAGCGCACUCGGGCUUCCACGGAACGCGAGAAGGAGGACAAGCGCCGCGAGAAGGAAGCUAAGUUCCAAGCCGAACAAAUGGACAAGCUUGAGAAGGAGCGAGAAAAGGAGCGCGAGAAGGCCCGCGUCUUUAGCAAGGAACAGGAGAGGAUUGCCAUUAUGGAAAAGCAACUCGCCGCCAAGAAGGAGAACGAGCCUCCUGCCACUAAGACCACGCCCAAGGCCACCCGGUCCAGCCCUCGCAAGGCUAAGCCGUAUGAGACGGAAGCAAAGGCCACUGAUCAUGAUGUGGAUAUGGUCGACGCCCCUACCAUGGUACCCCCUCCCUCAGCCUCGCGAUCGGUUGGACCCGGCCAACCUCCUCGCAACAAGGAACUCCGAAGACCUAUGAAGCCAGGAAAGGAAACCCUUGCCAAGACGAAGCAGGCUCCCACUGUUAUCCGAGUGAAUACGGGUUCGCAGCAUUCGCAGUUCCAUCCCGCCAGCAGCUCCAUGUCUGCGAGUUUCCAAGAUCAUGGUGCUUCGACAAGCUCUCAACCUAAACAGCAACUGGCGAGCAAGGCGAGCAAGGCUUCGCUGCAAACAAAACCAUCUGUCUCAGCCCUUAAUGCUUCGGUAGGAUCAACUGGUCGUCCUCGAGCACUCGAUCUGGCAGCAAAGAAGAAGGAGCAGGAUGAUCGAGAGGCGCAGCGCCGGCGCGAUGCGAAGGCUGAGAUGGACAGGAAGAGAGCGGCUGCGAAAGAGGAAAAGAAGAGGCAAGAGCAGCUUCAGCGACAGGCGGAAGAACAGCGUAAGCGUGAGCAGGCGGAUGCAAAGAAGAACGCUCAGCGCCAGGCAGCUAUCGAGAAGGCCAAGAAGACGCCAGCACCCCCUCCCGCUGUCCGAACACAGCCGAAUGGUCCUCCUGACUAUAGUCUUGGACUGGACAAAUCCAGCUCAGUCCAGCGAGGGGAUGGCCCUCCUCGACCCCCAUCUCGCAUGAACUCGGGCAUUCACAGGUCUCAAGAGGACAAUGGGCGUCCUGUCAAUGCGGUCUUGUCGACUGCUUCCAAGUCGAAGAGGCCCCUUGGCCAAGAUGCCAACGAGGAUGGACCAGCCAGACAUGCUCCCUCCCGCGGCCCUCAAUAUCAGGCCAAGGACGCGAAGCGCCGCCGAACGAGCGAUGAGUUUGCUGACGAGUUGGACUUUGAUCACCCCCCCAACAUCAAGGGACCUCCUCUUCGCCCAUCAAGCACCCUUAAGAAGGACAUGCAGACGAAGAACAUGAUGAGUGGCUAUGUGUCUCAGAAUACUGCUCAAACCCUGUUCAAGACUGGUGUCGCGCAGCACCCAGGCCAGGCCAAGGGAGGCAACCCCUUGGAUAUGGCCCAAAUUCACAAGGGGGCGAUUCCGUUUGCCCCCAACCCCAACCCUGCAGGACCUUCGUACAAGACGCCUGCCCGUCUCGGUGGUGUGAAUGGAGUCAAGUCGGUGGCCAAGUCUGCGCAACGAUCAUCGCCGCGAUUCCAGAACCCUGAGGCUAUCGAGCUUCCUGAAAUUCAGACUGAUGAUGAGGACGAGGAUGACGAUGAUGGGCAUGCCCUCACAGCCGCAGCCUGGGCUGACUCUCCUGACCUCCGUCGAGCUCUAAUGCGACAGGAGGUGAUGGAUCCAUCACAAGUCUUUGGUUCGACGGCAGCUCUGAACAUGGAGGAAGUCUUCAACCAGAGCAAGGAGAGAUUCCACAAGUUCCGUGCUCGCACUUCUAGCGCCAACUGGAGCGGCCCUGACCGUCUUACCGAGGACGAUAUCCGAAAGGAUCUGGCAGCUAGAGACAAGUUGAGACGAGAGGGUGGAUGGUCGUACGAGCUGAGCAGAGAUAUGAUGUAA